CGUUUAGCGACAUCCCGUCCUCACAGUAGUAGCAUUUUCUUUGCAGAGAUUUACAAGAUAUACGACGAAAAUGAAAGACAUGAUCAUGAGUCCAAUGCCAGUGCUCCUAUGCUAUAUUCUGGAUGCCGUUCCCUUUCACAGACUCUUCCCAUCGACAUGUCUCCGCUGAAGUAUCCGCAUGUCCACAGCAUCAAAUUCAACUUACUCAUUCCUCACGUAGACGUUCAGGGACCCAUUUCUCGCGCAGAUGCUGCAGUUGAACUCCAGAACCGAACACUCAGGAUCGUCGGGCGGGGGCGAGAGAUCGACGGUAUAGCGGAUACCACUGCAGUGACACAAUGCUGUGUACUGCGCCCUAUCAGCUACAAGCUGCGGCGUAUGUGGAAGAGCCGGGCGCACCAUUUAGUGUUCUCGCUCUUUGUCACACUGUGCACGUUUGGGUAUGGAAGGGCUGUGGGGUGCGUGCGCUGCAGGUUGAUGGCGAUGGAGAACGGGUGCAGCGGGAGGAAGUAGAUGGGAGCUUGACAGCGUGGGGUCGGCGUCUGCGCGGGAUGCUGCGUGGUCUUGUAUGAUGACGGCGCACUAGAGCUGCGGAACGCAGUGCGGGUUGCGAGAGGGUAUGCGAGGCGGCCUAGAUCGUGGAGUGGUGCGCGAUGAACGAGAGUGUUGGGACUCUAGCUCUUGCUUUUACCGGAACUGGAAUUCCCCAAGCUGGUAUUCUGUAUAUCGGUCUAUUCGAAGCGUCUAGAUGGCU